UUUUUUGUUUUCCUCUUUCGCGGCGCGGGCGGGGUAGGUUCCGUCGAGGGCUCCGCCGCGAGGUAGCCAGGGAGAGGUGCCCAGCUUUGGGGUGGGCCUCCCUCAGCCAUGGAGCACAUCACGACGCCCAAGGUAGAGAAUGUCAAGUUACUAGAUCGUUACACCAACAGAAAGGCAGCAAAUGGAACGUUGUACUUGACGGCAACUCAUUUAAUCUACGUAGAUGCCUCGGCUGAAGUUCGAAAGGAAACAUGGAUUCUUCAUCACCAUAUUGCUACUGUGGAGAAGCUGCCUCUGAGCGCAUCUGGCUGUCCGCUGCUUAUUCACUGCAAGAAUUUCCGUGUUGCUCACUUUAUUAUUGGUCAUGAGCGGGACUGUCAUGAAGUCUACACUUCCCUGCUGAAACUUUCUCAACCAGUGAAACCGGAAGAGCUUUAUGCAUUCUCUUACAAUCCCAAAAUGCCCAAAGAGAACCGGGAGAUGGGCUGGAAGCUGAUAGAUGUCAAAAUAGACUACCAGCGCAUGGGGAUUCCGAAUGACUAUUGGGAAAUAACUGAUUUUAACAAAGACUAUGAGGUUUGCAGCACAUACUCUCCAGAUCUAGUGGUGCCUAAAGCAGCUACUAGGGCAACGGUGCUGGGAAGCUCAAAGUUUCGAAGCCGGGGUCGGAUACCAGCACUUUCCUACUUCUACAAAGAGAAUAAUGCUGCAAUAUGCCGUUGUAGUCAGCCCUUGUCUGGGUUUAGUGCUCGUUGCCUAGAGGAUGAACAGCUGCUGCAAGCACUUAGGGAAGCCAACCCAGGAAGUCCGUUCAUGUAUGUUGUAGACACAAGGCCAAAGUUGAAUGCCAUGGCCAACCGAGCUGCUGGAAAGGGUUAUGAGAAUGUUGAUAACUACGACAACAUUCGUUUUAAAUUCAUUGGUAUCGAAAACAUCCAUGUAAUGAGGAGCAGCCUGCAGAAGCUACUGGAAGUGUGUGAAACGAAAUCUCCUUCAAUGAGUGAUUUCCUUACUGGCUUAGAGAACUCUGGCUGGUUACGGCACAUUAAAGCUGUAAUGGAUGCUGGUGUCUUUCUUGCUAAGGCAGUGAAAGAUGAAGGUGCCACCGUCCUAGUGCACUGCUCUGAUGGCUGGGAUCGCACUGCCCAGGUCUGCUCAGUGGCCAGCCUCCUCUUGGACCCCUUUUAUCGGACCUUUAAGGGAUUUAUGGUCCUGAUAGAAAAGGAAUGGAUUGCAAUGGGCCACAAGUUCUCACACAGGUGUGGCCAUCUAGAAGGGGACCCCAAGGAAGUGUCUCCUGUCUUCACCCAGUUCAUUGAAUGUACCUGGCAGCUCAUGCAACAGUUUCCUUGUGCGUUCGAUUUUAAUGAGAGGUGUCUUCUUGAAAUUCACGAUCACGUCUAUUCCUGCCAGUUUGGCAACUUCCUGGGGACCUGUCACAAGGACCGGGAAGAUAUGAAAAUCCUUGAGAAGACUCAUUCCUUGUGGCCUUUCCUUCUCCAGAAGAAGCAGGAGUUCAGAAACCCACUCUAUAAGGGAUUUGCAGCUUACAAGGAACUCCGGCCGAACACUCUGCCAUUUAGUUUCCAGUUCUGGUGUGGCAUGUAUAACCGCUUUGACAAAGGAAUGCACCCAAAACAAUGUGUAUUGGAUCAUCUCCUUGGCUGCAUCAGCCAGAAAGUGGAGCUGGAGGGUGCUGCUACUGACUUAGAAAAUAAGUUGCCUCCCUUAGAGGGACCACUGCCAGAUGAGGUUUCCAUCUUAUCCAAAAUGGUUACUGCAUCAACUGUCUGUUCCAAGUCCCCAAUGCUCAACACACCCCAGGACUAUGAGGACGAGCCUCCUGCCCUGCUGGCUAAUGGCAUCCUGGCAAGGGAGGAGGGAGAUGAACCUGAUCAGCAGCUGAAGAGCCAAGAGGGUCUUGUUAAUCCCCAUGACAUUCCAGGUGGUGACAGCAGCAGCAGUAGCACCCAUGGGACCAUCCAGCCUGAGGCUCGAGCAAGACAUCUCCAUUGAACUGAUCUUUGCAUCUGCCCUGAGCCAUAGAAAAUUGGCAAUAAAGCAUGCAAGACCUGUGGCCCGGUGCUGGGAGAGCCACCUCACUCACAUAUGGUUAAGUGUUGUGUUAUGUAUUUUGGAAGCAAGGGAGGAGGCUGCUGUUCAAAGGCUUUCAAGAGCAACCCAUGGGGCUGGCUUUUGGGCUGCCACAAAUAGUUUCUGGGCAUAUCUUCCAGAACAGCCACACAUGUUCCUUUUUCUGGUGCAAGUACAAAUGGCUUCUGAGGCAGAUAGCCCUUUCCAAGAUGAGGGAGUUUUUUAAAGCCACAAGGUUUCAGAUACAUGGAUUCAAAAGCAUUGUGAGCUACUAGUGAGUGGAAGAAAAUGCCAGUCCAUAUUAGAGAGGCUUUCCUUGGCUGGCUUCUGACACCUUGCAUGGGAAUUCUAUUCAUUUGCAACAUUGGGUUAAUAUUUGCUGGCCCCUGCACAUACUUUCGUAAGCAUUUGUGCCUUUUUUGUUCUUUUUUGUUUUUUUAACUAGAGAUUACUGUCGUGUCCAACCAUUAGCAAUGUGAUGUUUUAUUACUGUGAUAUGUGGCUGUAAUGUGCAAGUAUGUGAUCCUUUUUAUUGAUACCUUUUUUAAAACACAAAACAACCUGUUUUGAA